GAGUGUCCUCGGACUAUGGAUGUGGAGCAGCAAGGAGAUGCUAAAACGGAACAAAAACCUGGUGAGAAAAAGAGGGGAGUGAAGAGGCCACGGGAAGACCAUGGCCGUGGAUAUUUUGAAUACAUUGAGGAAAAUAAGUACAGCAGGGCCAAGUCCCCUCAACCACCUGUUGAAGAAGAAGACGAACACUUUGAUGACACAGUGGUUUGUCUCGAUACUUAUAACUGUGACCUGCAUUUUAAAAUCUCAAGAGACCGGUUUAGUGCUUCCUCUCUGACCAUGGAAAGCUUUGCUUUCCUUUGGGCUGGAGGAAGAGCCUCCUAUGGAGUUUCUAAAGGCAAAGUCUGCUUUGAGAUGAAGGUUACAGAAAAGAUUCCUGUUAAACACCUGUACACAAAAGACAUUGACAUACAUGAAGUGCGAGUUGGUUGGUCCCUCAACACAAGUGGAAUGUUGCUUGGUGAAGAAGAAUUUUCUUACGGAUAUUCCCUAAAAGGAAUAAAGACAUGCAAUUGUGAGACUGAAGACUUUGGUGAGAAGUUUGAUGAAAAUGAUGUGAUUGGAUGUUUUGCUAAUUUUGAUGGUGAUGAAGUGGAACUCUCAUAUUCCAAGAACGGACAAGAGCUUGGUGUUGCAUUCAAAAUAAGUAAGGAAGUUCUUGAUGGGCGGCCACUCUUCCCACAUGUUCUCUGCCAUAACUGUGCAGUUGAGUUCAACUUUGGUCAGAAGGAGGAACCUUACUUUCCUGUACCUGAAGAGUAUACCUUCAUCCAGAAGGUCCCCCUGGAGGAUAGGGUCCGAGGACCAAAAGGACCUGAGCAAAAGAAAGAUUGUGAGGUGGUGAUGAUGAUUGGCUUGCCUGGAGCUGGCAAGACUACAUGGGUUACCAAACAUGCAGCAGCAAAUCCUGGGAAAUACAACAUUCUUGGAACAAAUACUAUUAUGGACAAAAUGAUGGUUGCAGGUUUUAAGCGACAGAUGGCGGACACUGGAAAACUUAACACACUGUUGCAGAGAGCUCCACAGUGUCUUGGGAAGUUCAUUGAGAUUGCAGCUCGUAAGAAGCGGAAUUUCAUUUUGGAUCAGACAAAUGUGUCUGCAGCUGCGCAGAGGAGAAAAAUGUGCCUGUUUGCAGGCUUCCAGCGCAAAGCAGUUGUUGUUUGCCCAAAAGAUGAAGACUACAAGCAAAGAACACAAAAGAAGGCAGAGGUGGAGGGAAAAGAUCUUCCAGAGCAUGCAGUUCUCAAAAUGAAAGGGAACUUCACACUGCCAGAGGUAGCAGAAUGUUUUGAUGAAAUAAUCUAUGUAGAGUUGCAAAAAGAAGAAGCUCAGAAGCUCUUGGAACAAUAUAAAGAAGAAAGUAAGAAAUCUCUUCCGCCAGAAAAGAAACAGAACACUGGCUCAAAGAAGAACAAGAAGAGCAAUAAAAAUCAAUUUAAUAGGGGUCAGAGAGGACGUGGAGGAUUCAACAUGCGGGGCAACUUCAGAGGAGGAGUCCCCGGCAAUCGUGGUGGAUACAACAGGAGGGGAGGCAACAUGCCUCAGCGAGGUGGUGGAGGUGGCGGUGGUGGCGGUGGCAGCAGCGGUGCAAUUGGUUACCCAUAUCCUCGUGGCCCUGUCUUUCCAAGCAGAGGUGGCUACUCAAACAGAGGAAACUAUAACAGAGGUGGAAUGCCCAACAGGGGAAACUACAACCAGAACUUCAGAGGAAGGGGAAAUAAUCGUGGCUACAAAAACCAAUCUCAGGGCUACAACCAGUGGCAGCAGGGUCAAUUCUGGGGUCAGAAGCCAUGGAGUCAGCAUUAUCACCAAGGAUAUUAUUGAAUACCCAAAUAAAUGAACUGAUACAUAUUUCUCCAAAACCUUCACAAGAAGUCGACUGUUUUCUUUAGUAGGCUAACUUUUUAAACAUUCCACAAGAGGAAGUGCCUGCGGGUUCCUUUUUUAGAAGCUUUGUGGGUUGAUUUUUUCUUUUCUUUUUUUGUACAUUUUUAAUUGCAGUUUUAAAGUGAUUCGUAAGAGAACCUCAGCAUUGUGCACGAUAAGAGAAUGUGUCAGUAUUUCAGGGUUCUACAUUUUAUCUGUAAAAUGUGACUUUUUUUUUACCACAACAAAAGUAAAACGUUGCUUUGUACCUGGUGUCUUUUUAUUAAAGAAUUUUCUCCUUUUUCCCCAUCCCCCAAUUUCUAAGAAACAGUCGUGAGUCAUGUCACAAUACGAUAGAAAUGUUAGCAACCAGAUUCGUACGGAGGCUCCUUGGUAGCCCUCAUGAAUAGCAUGAGAUUAUGUAAAGCUCCAUAUUACACUCCAUCCUCUCUAUGAAGCUUCUGGGUGGGGAGGGGAGGAGGGAGAGGUAAAAGUUUCUGGCAAUAACUAGGACUUUUUUUGUAACAUUUGGAACUCGAUAAGAUGUUGGGGGCAAAGAGGAAGCCUGGGGCUAAAUAGUGAAGGUGGAGUGUAUGUAGAAGCUCUUAAAGUUGUAAAACUUGGUUGCAUUAUUUGUGGAGGCUCAAACUUGUGAAGGUACAACACCAUAAUUUCUUUUCCAUUUGUUCUGCAUUUUGAUUCUGAAAAGAAGCUGGCUUUGCCCAUUUCUUAUUAAACAAAACUUGUUGUAAAUCCAGUUGUCUAAUGGGAUCUAUAUGAAGUUAGCUGUGUGUCUGUAUAACUCUUUCCCCACAAAAUACUGUAUACCUAGUGUGCUUGUAGUAGUUACUCCACCAUUUUGUAAGCUAAUGAAACUGUGAGUCACCCAUUUUAUAUCUAAUUUUUAAUCAUGUCAAUUCUCAAAUGGGUGUAUCUCCUUAGCCUGCUGAUUCCUUCUCUCUAAAGAAAGUGGGUGGAGAAAUUUAACUCUAGACGUUUGUUUGCAAUAAAAUAAAUUCAUUUUA